AUGAGGACUAAACCUCUCUCGCUACUCGACAUCAUAGAGAACGAUGCGCCGCAAGCCGAAUUCGCAUUCUUGUCGGCGUGUCAUGCCACCUGUGGUGACAAGAAGAUACCCGACGAGGUAAUUCAUCUUGCAGCUGGUCUACAGUUUUCGGGGUUCAAGAGCGUUGUUGGCACUCUUUGGGAGGUCGAUGACGCUGUUGCCAGACAUGUUGUUGGAGCUUUUUAUGAGAAUAUGUUCAAGAAUUUGGACCAGGGUGUCAUGGACUGUACGAAGGCGGCUUGGGCACUCAACAAGGCUACUUACGCAGUGAAGAAGAAAUUUUCUGGCUUCCAUGACCUAUUGCUUUCAUUGCUUUCAUCUGGGACGGUGUUGAUGUCGGAUUCUCUACCAUUCGAACAAUUUGCAGUGUACUACUAG